AUGGACAAACAAAAACACAGGGACAGCCGUCGGAAAAAAGAUAAACUAAACCACAAAAAUAAAAAACGCACCUCCAAACCCGCAGAACCCGAGCCGUCACCAGCCAAGCCUUACCUACUCCGUAAUUUCGAUCGCACUGGAGUUUCUUCCGACGAAGAUGAGUUCGAUGACGAUUUCUUCGGGUUUGACUACGUCAGAAAAGCCGCGCUAGUUCAGCCAUCAGCAAGUUUCGCGGAUCUGGUCGACCAGGACGAGAGUACGCCGAAACCGAGCAAUGACUUCAGCUACUUGGCCAACACAACGCUGACCAGCGGGUACUUUCAGUUCAAGUCGGAAAAAAACUGGCUCGUCGACACUUCCAAGUUCAGCGAUCUGCUGGCUAUUGAUGUUGAAAAUUUGUCCGCUGUUUUCAACUGCAUUCCGUUCAAUCAAACUGUUGAAGUUGAUGAUAAAUAUUUUACUGAGGAUCAGCUGACAUUAUUUAACACAGCAGCAGAAGAAGCAAAAAAAAUUUACGAGGAAGAAUUACGCAAUAAAGAACUUCAGCAGAAGUUAUCUGACUCUAAUAAUCACAAGUUAAGAGAAAUGUCAUCAAAAUUGGAGUCUAUUGACGAUGAUGUUGUUGUUGAAGAAGAUUUGGAGUUUUUAUUGUCGUUAAAGGAGCCUGUUAAAACUUCUUCUAUUACUUCUGUAGUUACUCCUAAAUAUACUGAAGAACCAAAAGUAACUAACACACCAACAAAAUCAAUAGAUCUUGAAAAAUGGUUGGAUUCAGUUCUAGAUAUUUAA